UUGAUUGGAUAUCGUAACUUUUGUUACUUGGGGAAACAGAUAUUUCUUUGCCACAGAUAAUUCUGCUUUUUUAUAACAAUAAAAAUUCGAUUAUGACGGAUUCUGAACAUUAUAUUCGGGAUAUACAGCGUGAAUACAUCGAUUUUUUAGAUGAUGACGAAGAUCAAGGUAUUUAUUCAGGAUUAAUUAAAGACAUGGUUGCGGAAAAGAGCCGUCGGUUGAUUGUCAACAUCAACGAUCUGAAGCGCAAGAAUGCCCAGCGUGCCCAAGGUCUCCUUUCCAACGCAUGCGACGAGCAGCUGGCUUUUGGACGAGCACUUAAAGAAUAUGUUGCUACCGUAGAUCCUUCUUAUGCAAAACAACAUGAGGACUUCUUUGUUGGAUUUGAAGGUUGCUUUGGAAAUCGGCAUGUCACACCACGUUCACUAACAUCUGUCUACUUAGGAAAUUUAGUAUGCGUUGAAGGUAUUGUUACAAAGGUCUCUUUGAUUCAUCCAAAAGUAGUCCGAAGUGUACAUUACUGUCCAGCAACAAAAAAAGUAAUGGAGAGAAAAUACACAGAUUUAACUUCGUUUGAAGCAAUCCCCUCAAGUGCCAUAUACCCUACAAAAGAUGAUGAAGGAAAUUUGCUCGAGACGGAAUUCGGACUAUCAAUUUAUAAAGAUCAUCAAACAAUAACAAUACAAGAAAUGCCUGAAAAGGCCCCAGCAGGUCAAUUGCCACGCUCUGUGGAUAUUAUUUGCGACGACGACAUGGUAGACCGUUGUAAACCCGGGGAUCGUGUACAGAUAGUUGGUAGUUACCGUUGUCUCCCUGGAAAAUUUGGAGGUUAUACUUCCGGAACUUUUCGCACAGUUUUGUUGUCCAAUAAUAUUUCACUUUUAAGUAAAGAUAGUAACAUGGAUAUUACUCGUGAAGACAUCAUUAUGUGUAAAAAACUCGCUAAAAAUAAUGAUAUUUUCAAUCUGCUAUCCAAAAGUUUGGCACCUUCGAUUCACGGACAUACAUUCGUAAAGAGAGCAAUAUUAUGUCUAUUGUUAGGAGGCGUGGAAAAAGUAUUGCCAAAUGGUACUCGGUUGCGAGGUGACAUAAACGUUCUUCUUAUAGGCGAUCCAAGUGUGGCAAAGUCCCAGUUGUUGCGGUAUGUAUUAAAUACCGCACCUCGAGCGAUACCGACAACAGGUCGAGGUUCAAGUGGUGUAGGUCUAACUGCUGCUGUUACCACAGAUCAGGAGACUGGUGAAAGGCGAUUAGAAGCGGGUGCAAUGGUAUUAGCUGAUCGGGGUGUUGUUUGUAUCGACGAAUUUGAUAAGAUGAGUGACAUUGAUCGCACUGCUAUUCAUGAAGUAAUGGAACAAGGUCGUGUUACAAUAUCGAAAGCUGGUAUUCAUGCGUCUUUAAAUGCACGUUGCUCAGUUUUAGCAGCUGCUAAUCCAGUAUAUGGAAGGUAUGAUCAAUACAAAACACCAAUGGAGAACAUCGGGCUUCAAGAUUCGCUUCUUUCGCGUUUCGACUUAUUAUUCGUGAUGUUGGAUGUGAUUGAUAGCGAUAUUGAUCAAAUGAUUUCUGAUCAUGUUGUGCGCAUGCACCGUUACCGUAAUCCUAAAGAAGCAGAUGGUGAACCUCUUUCUAUGGGAAGCUCUUAUGCAGAUUCUUUAUCAUUCACUUCAAACUCGGACGCGAAAAAAGAAACUGAAAUCUAUGAAAAAUACGACCCUUUGUUGCAUGGUAGAUCGCGAAAGCGACAAGAAAAAAUUUUGUCCGUAGAUUUUAUGCGCAAAUAUAUUCAUAUUGCAAAAUGCAUGAAACCAAAGUUGAGCGAACAAGCAUGUGAAGCUAUUGCUACCGAGUAUUCCUCUUUACGUUCGCAAGAAAAUAUACAAUCGGAUGUUGCACGAACCCAACCAGUGACUGCUCGAACUUUGGAGACUCUCAUUCGACUUGCUACAGCCCAUGCGCGAGCUAGAAUGUCAAAAACUGUAACUGCUGAUGAUGCCCAAGCUGCUAUAGAGUUGGUGCAGUUUGCUUAUUUCAAAAAAGUAUUGGAGAAAGAAAAAGGUAAUAAACGUCGACGUGAUGGAGUUUCUUCUGAUGAAGACGAAACUACUCCUAAUCAGAAGUCUCCUCGAAAAAGUAAGAGGACGCGCAAAGAUCCUUCUGAGCAAGAGACGUCGAAUGUAGUAUAUGAUACCGAUGAAGAGGUAGAAACUCCUCAGCCAGACGCUGGGGACUUAACUCGGCGUGAAACAAGACGUUCACUUUCAGUUCGCAAGCCAUCUACCGUAGGCGAUAGGGGUUCACAGUCAAUCGAAGAAAACACUGAAGAAACACCACCCUCUAUAUCGCAAGCAAGGUUGACCGAUUUCAAAAACAGUUUGCAACGAUUGUUCCGAGAAGCUCGCGAACAGAGUUUAUCUCUCGAGCGUAUCACCGCAGACAUUAAUGAAAAUAAUGCUGAACAAUUCUCUAGUUCCGAAAUUGAGGCAGCCGUGCAUCAAAUGACCGAUGAUAAUCAAGUCAUGGUUGCUGACGGCAUUGUUUUCCUAAUAUAAUUUGCGUAAAUUUUAAAAUAGCUACAUGAGUACAUUACCGUAUCAAUUUAAUAAUACUUUCCGAUAUAUGCACCACCGAAAAUGCCUGAGACUCGUUGCUUAUAAGCGUGAAAUGCUUGUAUGAAAAUCCCGCUUUUAAGCCAUGAUUGGGCUUAUAUUGAAAACCUCUGUUAUAUGCAUUACCGGUUCCUAUAUGUAGCUGAACCACACAAACUACCACUAUUAAAUAAAUUUUCAUUUAAAAUAGUAA